CAAAAGCCUACACCUUCUCUCUCACCAUCCUAUCUAUAGCCAACUCGACAAGAUGAUCAUUUCAAAAGAGCACCGCAGAUUGAUUUACACAUCUCUCUUCCAAGAGGGUGUUAUGGUCGCCCCAAAAGAAUUCGAGAUCAAGCAUCCCGAAUUGGACGUCCCAAACUUGGAAGUCAUCAAGGCUUGCCAAAGUUUGACCAGCCGUGGUUACGUUCACACCCAAUUCAGCUGGCAAUGGUACUUCUACACCUUGACCAACGAGGGUCUCGACUACUUGCGUGAAUACUUGCACUUGCCUGCCGAGAUCGUUCCAGCAACUCACAAGCGCCCUGCUCGCCCAGUCCGUGCUUCCGGUCCUCCAGGUGGUCGUGAAGGUGGUUACCGUGCACCCCGUGGUGACCGCGAAGAUGGUUACCGCAAGAAGGACCAAGCCCCAUCUGGUGAAUUCCGCCCUCGUUUCGGUGGUGUUGGCCGUGGUGCUCCCCGUACCGAAUAAACGGAUUGUCCAUCUAAUGCAAUGAACCCAAAAAUGCAAUGACGAACGUCUCAACUAUUCUCUGAGAAGAUUGGUAAACAAUCUUAUUGCGAACACCCUUCCUCUCUCCAAAAGAAGAAUGUGACUCUUUCAAUCUUAGCAAUCAUUUUACGAUCCUACUACCCAAUUUGUACACACGUCUGGCAAUCCAAACGUCGGGCUGGCUGCCCUUAGUGUGCAAAAUUGUACUUUGUAUACAUUCACAAUGGUAAUGUUUUCUACUUAGCAGAAGCUUGCUU